CCCGUGGAUCCCAGGCCCCAGCCCCGGGCGCCGCCCGCGGCCGCCCCGCCCGGCGCAGCCCCAGAGGCAGGGACCAGCUCGCCGAGCUCGACCAGUCUCCGGGGAACCAGGCUCAGGGGAACAGGUCGGCCGGUCGGCUCCAAGCGCAGCGCCAGCGCCUCUAGGCGAGAGCAGGCGAGCGCCCUUUCCUAGCUGAGCAGCAGAGGGAGGCCCCCGAACCACACACGAUGGAGGUGACCCCGGCCAAUCAGUCCGACGUGCAGAAGUCCAGCACGAGCUCCCAGGAGUCGCAGUCCUCCAAGGAGGUGCGCGUGGAGGGCAACUCGGUGGUGGAGUCGAGCAGCUCGGUGCAGCGGUCCGUGCAGCAGUCCGUCACGCAGAGGGUCAUGUCCUCCAGCGUGGUGAAGCAGAGCUCCUUCAGCUCGACCUCCGUGUCGAGCAGCCAGCAGGACCUCCAGCACGAGACGGCAUCAGCUGAAACAAACACACACGAACAAAAACAGAACGACGAGGCGGGGAGAGAAAAACCCUCGACCUCGACCAACACGAAAGAACAACAUCCGAGCGGGCCCGAGUGCGGCCCGCCCGGCCCGACCCAGGACGCCGGCCCGCGGAUGCUGGUCGCCACUGUCACCACCAGCCAGAGGGUUCAGCCGAUCGCUGCAAACGAAGGAGAGGCGCCACAACAGGAACAGGAUCCUGCUGCCUGGCAGCCUCCCCCACAGCAGGAGCCCGCCUGGCAGCCUCCCCCACAGCCUCAGCCUGCGUGGCAACCCCCUCCACAACAGGAGCCGGCGUCGCAGCCUCCUCCACAAGAACAGCACCAGCCUCCGUGGACACAAGAGCAGCCUCCGUACGAGCCUGCGCCUGCCAAGGACCAUUCAGAUCUACCGCAGGACAACAUCAAAUCCUCUCUGAAGGAGAUCAUCUGCGACCUGGAGCGGGCUGACCUCGCCGACGGACCGGCCGACAUGGUGGACGCCACGCAGGAAACACAGAAGCCACAGGAACCGCAGGUCAACGGCGACGGGGCGCUGCCCAACGGGGAUGUCACAGACUCGGCCGAGGAGAGGAGAAAGAGGAUGGACAGGCAGACGUCCACCACCACGUUGGAGCAGGCCCUGCUGAAGGAGCAUCAGGACGGCACCCUGGCCGCGCUCGCCGCACUGCUCAGCCCCGCCGCCAGGACGAGCGUGGCGGCGCCGCCCCCGCCGCCGCCGCCCGCGCCAUCGACGCCGCCGCCGCCACCGCCCCGGCCGCCCAAGAUACCCUUACACUUGCUCCAGAGCGUCCAGAUUGCCCAGGAGCUAAACAUGCUGAACCGCACGGAGGAGACAAUCCACGAGAGCAUGUCGGAAGAGCAGCACUACAUCAACCACAUUCCGGAUGACGACCGGUCGCGGGGAGGACCCGCGCACAUCGACCUGGAGAGGCUCUUCACUCCUGCCACCGACAGCGGAGAGUCGACGCCGGCGCGGAAAAGCCGCAUGUAUGCCUCGUCGAGCUUCUACGGCCCGGAGCACCCUACCGUGGAGGAGCAGGUGGAGCUGGCGAGACGCAUCUCCACCUCGCUGUCGGACAUCUCCAACCAGCGCUCCAAGGGGCAGACCAUGUACGUCAACCGGAAGAAGCGCUCGGCCGGCUGGGUGCACGCAGCGACCGAUGAGGGCUUCAGCGCCCCGACCACCCCCGUCCCAGAUGCGGCGCCCUCGGGACAGCAGAGGGACAAGCCCGUCCUCAAGCUGGUGAUGGACCCUCGUGGCCAGGUCCAGGACCUGUGGAGUUUGCAGAAGCAAGGCGUGGACCCACCGUGCGGAGCGCUCAGCCCGGAAGUCUGCUUCCACCUCGUGCGGGACCUCAACGCGCCCAAGGGCAAGGGCGCUGAACUCUUUGCGAAGCGGCGUAAGAAGUCUGAGAAGUGGGUCGUGGACGAGACAACGGUGAGGUCCUCCUCCACCACGUCCACGAUGGAGUCCUCUACCUCGCCCGCCCCCAAGCUGCCUGUACCGGCAGCAUCCUACCUCACGAAUGGCACCGCCAAGGUGCACACCGUGCAGCGCAUGAACGAGAUCCAGCUCAAAUUCCAGGAGAAGUUCUCGCAGCCCCGCGUCAAGCUGGUGAAGAGCCCGUGGGAGGCGGCCCUGGAGACGGGCUCCGUGGACACUGCCUUCCAGGACGCCAAGCUCCCCCCGCUGAGCAUACCCUCCUCCGCCCCCAUGCCCCCGCCCAGAACUCCUGCAGUGGGCACGCCCACCUGGACAGCCACCACCACGGCGGCCACCGUCCGACCCCUGUCCACUGGGGACGCCUCCCUGUACGCGGGCCGGGCGCCGCGUGGCUGGGGACAGUACAACGCGUCGCACCAGUACGGCACGGUGUCCUUCAACGCCUCGUCCGGGACGACCAGCACCACCACCACCACGAGCAGCUCGACCCCGGCCGCCCCGAUCGUGUCCUCCAGGGAGGAACACAACGGACUCACCAACGGGCUGACCAGCUCGGCUAUCCACGAGGCCGUCGAAGUGGAUGACGACGAGGAUGACGUGAUGGUGCGGCAGGUGGAGAAGGUCGUGGAGAGCGCCAAGCAGAUCGUCCGGGAGACGAUAGAGCGCGCCGUCCUCGUGCAACAGGCCAAUCACGAGGAGGAGGAAGACGAGGAGGUGCAGAGGCACCUCCGCGCCGUCGAGGCCGAGCGGGCCGUCGAGGAGCGGCCCCAAGAGAAGGUGGUGCGAUUCCAGACGCCCGAGGAGGUGAAACAGCAAGUGACCCCGGUGGCCGCCGAACAAGCGGCCGAGGAACGGCCGAAAGAGGUCCAACAAAAAGAAAAGCCCGCUCAACUGCCGGCGCCCGAGGAAGCGCCAGAAGCGCGACCCGCGGAGCAGGAGCCUCGCCGUCGGCAUAAGCCGGCCUGUGAGGUGGUGGGCGCGCGGCCGCUGUACGGCAUCGUGGACCCCUCGCAAGUGAAGCUGCGGCCCGUGCACGCGCACCAGUCCAGCCAGCAGCAGGACAGGUCGCCCACCAGCCCCAUCCCCGCAGCCAGGCCACCCCCGCGGCUGGGGGGCAGCCCCGCGGCGCAGCCACAACCGCGCUCCCCCGUCCAGCCGGCCGUCCAGCCCGCCUUCCAGCCUUCUGCUCAGUCAGCCUUCCAGUCGACUGCUCAGCCCGCUAUUCAACCGACUGGCCAGCCCUCUGCUCAGCCCGCUGUACAGCCCACUGCACAGCCCUCUCCUCAGCCCUCGGCCCAGCCCUCUCCUCAGUCAGCCUCCCCUGCCGUCCAGCCUGCGGCUCAGUCGAAGCCGCCCAGCCCGGAAGCUGCGUCGGAGACAGUGGCCGAAGAGGAGGAGCCUGCACCCCGCCCCACGCCGAAGCCGCCGAGCCAGGUGGUGGGCGCCACGCCCCUGUACGGCAACAUUGACCCCAGCUCCGUGCACCUGCGCCCCGUGCACCGGGAGCUGCGCUUCGGUGACUCCCUGUCGAGGGAGACUUCCCUGGAGGAGGAACCCGAGGACUUCCCUCCACCGAGGUCGCCGCUGCCCUCCGCCGCACCCAACCCACUGGGCGCGGCCGUGACCGUGCCCGUCAAGCACCUUAUCGAUAGCUUCGAGAACGGCGGGCAGGGCGUGCAGUACGUGGCCAACACGGCCGUGCAGACGCGGCUCUUCACGUCCAUGCUGCCUGCGCGCCCGCCCUCGGCCACCCUGGAGCCCGCGGCCUUUGUCGACCACCUGCCGCCGGCCCCGCAGCUGGAGCCGCAGCUGGAGAUGGGCCCGCCACCCGAGUUCGUCCUGGAGGACACGGAGGCGCAGCGCGCCAAGGAGCAGCUGGAGGACCAGAUCCGCCGCGACUACCCCUUCGCUCUGUCCCCGUCGCCCGCGCCGCCCGAACCGCCGACCACGCUGCGCCUCACCCUGGACAAGUUCCAGCCCAUGCCCAAGCCCUGGAACCCCGAGCUCUUCCAGCAGCCAGAGCCGCCGGCCAGAACCCCUACCGACCUCAACACGCCCCUGAGUGACAGCGCGCUGCUCAGUUUCCGCGGGCCCCCGGAGGAGCCCGCCCCCUUGCUACUGCGUGAGGCCCAGGGCCCAGGCGCCGCCCCCGCCUCCGCCACCGCCCCCGAGCCACCCCCAAGGACGGUGUUCAUGGACUACAGCCUGCUGCAGAACUACAACACGGCGCCCCGGGGCUGGGGCGGCGCCAUGGACUACUACCGACCAGUCACCUUCAGCAAACCCAUCGCCGCCACCGACCUAUAGGCCGGGACAGGCGACAGAGGAUGGCCUCGCCCCGCCUCACAUCUCAUGGCCGAGGUCGAGAGCGUCGUCGUUUUGUUCACUUUGUCGACAUGUGGGAGCGUGGUGCAGCCCGCAUGCAUACAAGCAGAUCGUUAGAUUGAGAUAAACUUUUGAACUUGAUUAUUUGAUCCUGAAAAUUUACCCGCGCACUCGAAAAAAAAGUGCGAUGACAAAAGAUCGAAACCAGCAUUAUAUCAGACAUUUCUCGUUUUCCCGCAGUAAUCGCUUUUACUUAUGUUUUAUGUUUUACUGUUAAGUUCUUUUUUGUUGGUCCUAUUGAAAUCCGUUGUGUGAUGUGAACAUCAUGUAUCCCUCUCUCUGUGUACAUAUCCCAAGGACAGGGAUAUCGUAGUAAUAACUUUCUUUUGUAAUCCAGUCUCUGCUAGAAUUUGAUUUAUUCCUCCAGAGAACAGGGCAAGAGAGCUAUGUUUUAUCGUAUUGAAUGAACUGAAAGGGGGCUGAUAUCGCUGCUGGCGUGCUUUUCAAGGAAGAACCACAUUAAAAUUCUUCUGAUAUUUACGCAACUACCCUCUUUCUGAACAUAUGAUAAUGCUUGCCUUUUGCUUUUGCCUAUAUGUUCUACUCGACCUUUGUUAUGAUCUAAAACAAUCUUUCCUCUUUAAAUGUUUCGUCAUGGGAAGUUCAUGUAAUCCCCUUCUGAAAUUGAAGCUAUUUAUAUGUAUACGCUUUUGCUACGUUGAAAUGAAUGAGGAGUAGCCAAAUGCUUCUCUCUACUUCGAUUCUAAGUUUACUCUGCUUUAUUCAAAUAUGAUUUUGGCUGUGUUGUAUAAGCUAGUCAUCAUGGAAAACCAGCUUGAGGAUUUCAAAAAAUGUUAAUAAAGACCAAUUUUUUUGUCCUCCUA